AUGAGCAUCGUGCCCAAGGAGUCCAUCGAGGUCAUCGCCCAGAGCAUCGGGAUCAACAAUCUUUCUUCCGAUGCCGCCCUGGCCCUCGCCCCCGACGUGGAGUACCGUGUCCGUGAGAUUAUGCAGGUAAAUCAUCUCCUUGAAAUCCUUCGCGGAAUCCCGCUGGACGCUUGAUCUAGGAGUCGCCGCGUCGUUAGGCUGGGGUUCUAAGGAGCCUUACCCUACCUUUUGUUUCAUUCAUGCAUUUUCUUUUACUCUAGCCCUGUAUUCGAGGUUUCUAGAGCGAGCGCUUUCCUCACCAAAAGAAAGAAAAAGAGAGUAAGAAUUGGAGCCAACUAAACUGAGCCAGUAAUAUGCCCUUAUAUUCAGUAUAAUCAUGGUACAAUGUGUGAAACUGACGGGAAGUCAAACUUGCAAUGCGUUUUCCUCCUUUGUUUGUUCUGGGUUGCUGAAUCUCCCCGAGGCGGUGUUACUUAGAAAGAUGUGAGAAAGACCUAGUGGACGCUUAUCUGUGGAGUCUGGAGCAUUUAACAAGAUGGCAUGGUGGUGGUGGGAAACAGAGACCGAGAAGAAAAACCCUCUUUUUUGAACAAAAUAUGUUUGAAUUAUCGGAUUGUCGAAUGGGAAAAUGAAAUUUGGUGGCUUGCCCUACACACUACUCUUUCGACCAUAAGGAAGGAGAGGAGUAUUUGCGUUUGACAGUAAGAAAACUCUUUUAGGAGAAAGGAUGUUCAGUUGUGCGUCACGCUGUUGAGUAGUGAUAGCCGACUUGGUCGUCCAUCUGAUAGAUCUCCGAUAUGCUCGCCAUUUUUUUUCCCAACUAACUCUUCUGGUGUUCACUAGGGAUAUAGACUGGCGAAUUGGUAUGAAAGUUUCUGAAAUGAGAAAUAUUGAAUCUAUUUCUUCAGUUAAAAGAGGGACUCUGCUUUCCAAAAUUAAAAAUUGAUUCUUUCGUUUUGAAGACGGUUCUGAGUGCCUCAAGGUCCUACUUUCUUUGUUCUCUAAAAUAUUUAAUCCUCUCACUUGCCGACUAAAAUUAAUUUCUCUUUUAGGAGGCUAUAAAGUGUAUGCGCCAUUCAAAGCGAACAACCUUGACAACAGAUGAUGUGGACAGUGCUCUUAGUUUAAGGAAUGUGGAGGUAUUUUUUGUUGUUAUUGCCUUUUUCCAUAUCCAUUUAUUUAUUUGCGUCUAGUGUCUGAAGUUAUAUUCUGAUGUUUGCCUCUGAGUAUUUUUGGUGUUGUACCUGAGAUGCGGGCUGGGGGAGGGGAUUGAAUCCGAUUCCUUAGAGAAGGAUGUCAAAUUUAGCCAACAAUGGAAAAAAAAUAAAACACAAAAGGUGGUAAGUAGUUUGGCUUUGCACACAUGCACUCUUCAAGAUCUGUCUUGAGAACCACUACAUGCAAGAUUUUUGUACUAGUCGUUAGUGCUACUAUCAAGAUUCUUAUGCUGAUCACGAUGGCAAUUCACAAUGUGAUAAAAAGUGGUGCAAGACAAUGCUUUUGGUGAGAGAUCAUUUAAUAUGCAUUUAUAUAUUAUUGAGGCAUUACUUAAUUAUGAGACGAGGAACUUGAAGUAUUUAUGUGUGCAUAGAGUCCUAAAUGGCGCAAAUAUUUACACUAAAUGUAUUGUAAUAUAAAAAUUACUAGAAAAUACAAAUUAAAUUGUAAUAAAUAAAAGGUCAUUAUUGGAUUAGCAAUCUAUCUAAUAAAAAUGUCAACAUGAAUUACAGAUGAUUUAUAAUAUUGCAUAUCAUUCAUAUAUAUAUAUAUGUAUUUGCAUGCGAGUUAAUGCAGUAAGUGCUCAUGUGUGUCAUGUUUUUUUGUGCUCAUAUGUGCACAAACAAACAUUACAUGCAUUUUAUGCAAUGACAUUGUUUAGGUGAAGAUGCGUUUGAUUGGCUUGAACUGGGGGAGACUCGUGUUCUGUUAUUGUAUGCAUUAUCUCUAUUUACUUUGAAUACAAUGGGUUGUACAUUCCACCUCUUCAAGCCAAAAAGACAUUUGUAAUUUUCUAAGAGGGUUUUGUUACCGGAGAAAUACAGUGAUUCAAAUAAUACUUUUCAUACCUUGAAAAACCUGUGUUAUGCAGCUUGUUUUAGUUAACAGAAAUGAAAUGCUUUCAUCCUAAACGAGAAUGAUGCUUUUUCAUCUGAAUGUUUAAUAAAUUUAGUCGGUUCCAUAUUUUUUCCCCCCUCCACGCUCAUAGUAGCUUGCUUUCCCAGCCAAUCUAUGGAUUUGCCUCUGGUGACCCUUUGAGGUUUAAAAGAGCCGUUGGGCGUAAGGAUCUCUUCUAUAUUGAUGACAAAGAGGUGGACUUAAAAGAUGUAAGUGUAAAUGUUUAAUAUUUUGUACUAUUCAUUUUACUCUGAUAUAUUUGCCCUUUUUUGACCGUUCCAUUGCUUAUCAGGUAAUUGAAGCGCCUCUGCCAAAAGCCCCACUUGACACUGCAGUUGUAGUUCACUGGUUAGCUAUUGAGGGUGUACAGCCAGCGAUUCCUGAAAAUGUGGCUAUGGAAGGUAAAUGAUUAAGUUAGAGUUUAUAUAGUUGCUCGUCUUCCUUGGCAUAUGUCUACUACUUGUCUUUCCAAACUUCUUUUCGAAAGGAAAAAGGAUAUGCGUUCUCCAGAACAAUAUUUGAUCAUUUUUUACCAUACAUCUGAUCUUUGUUUAAUAUUGCUAAGAUGAUGGAAUAAAUUUCUUUUCCUGAUUUGGAAAGAGUUGGAUCUCCUUUUAGUUUAAUAUUUGUAGUAUGCUGGGGUAAAUUUGAUCUUAUUCGAAAAUAAUGCUGUUGUCGUAAUGUGGCGUAGGGUAGAUCCUGACAUCGUUUUUAAAUCUGGCAUAGACGGCCCACAAUCUGUCUUUCCUUCAGAGGACUAUAUCUUGUUAAAUUUUAUCAAUGGACGAAUUAUCUGAUGAGUAGUUUUUGAUUCUGACAUUUAGUAUCUUUACAAUGCUCCCUACUCAGAUACUUCCCAAACAAAAGGAGAUAUCAAGCAGCAUGGUUUUAUUGAUUCCUGUUGUUAUGUGUAUUCUGUGAAAAGUCUGAUGGCAUUUCUUUGUUAGUGUUUUAAGAUCAGUAAUGUUCUUCCCUGUUUGUGACCUUUCACUGUCAUUUUUUUUCCUUGAUUCCUUGUACGGUUCUUGUUUUGAUGUGUCUGACCUCAGUCAUUUGGGAGCAUUUUCUUUAUUUUUAAGAAAAAUGGCACUCUACGUUUUACUUCUAUUUCUCCUAAAAAACUACCCUCUGAAGUCAUGUUGCGUAUCUUGGAUUCAAUUGAGUCAGAAAGAUAGCUACUCAAAUUCCUCCAAUGAAGUAUAUGAUAAAUAAAAUUGACAAAGAAAGUUCCCCUGGUUUCCUCUUUCUUCUAGUCUUUUUAUUGGAAUUCCCUACUCAAGAUUUCAAUUAUGCCAUGAUAACUUACAUCAAAUUAUACAUGACAAAAAGGCUUGAAAAAUAACUGGCGGUGGUAGUUUGUCAUUGCUUGCUCGGCGAAUUUUCUCAUGUCACGACAUGGGAGACUCAAUGACAGGAAUCGUAAUUUCUAUUUCAUGGCCAAAUCAACCGAGGUUCGUUCAACUUUGAACGGUAAAUGUAAGAGGGUGUUGGUCAGUAUUAUUUUUACUGUCGGCAAUCCUGUACAAUAUCUUGUUUUUGUUCUUUUUGCUUUUGUUAUUGAUUCAUAAUCUUUCUGUCUUUGUAUUCAGCCAUUGUGGCUCCUGCAGAGAACAAGAGGCUUGAACACAGAAAAGAAGAUGCGCUUCCAGUUGAUAUCAAGUUACCAGUCAAGCACGUAUUAUCCAGAGAGCUGCAGGUGCGUUGAAUGAAAAACCAGUCUCUUGUUAACCUAUCCUUUCUGUCAUCUUUUUCUCUAUCAAUCAUGACUACAGUCAACUGAGGCAGUCAUCUUCAAGGCAGUCUUAAACCUUAGCAUAAAAAUUUUUCAUAUUAAGGUUUAAACUCUGAUAAAAUUGCUCGAUCAUAUAGUUUGCUUGGUUGGUUAAAGUAGAAUUUUCCUUUAAAUAAUGUAAGUUAUAUUUGCUUGCUUUCUACAAGGGAAAUUUACAGAUAAAUAUGUGACGCUCCGAUGAAAUGUCUUUUCCAGUUGGCAUAUGUCUAUUUGUGUGCCAUGUGGAAACGGUAUCAUAUACUGACUGUAUUUUCCAAUAUUACUAUUUGUGCACUGCCGAGUGUGUAGGGUUUCCAAUAUCACAAUAGUACUAUUUGUGGGGCAUUCCUGUACAUUGAAGAGAAGAGUCAGUAUCUGUAGAAGCAAAUGACCAAAGUGUCCCCAAACGAUUUGUUCGGGGAGGGAACAAGGUGGGUCCAGGUUACCAGAAAGAAGAAAGAUUACGUGCUGGAGGAGUUCUACAUGAAGAUAGUCACAAGGGGAUAAUUUGGGUUGAAUGCUGGGGCACAGAUCUGGUCAUUGGAUUUCAAGGACAGUUAAUUUUGUUCCGUCAGUUGCCUUUGUUGGAAAUUAGAAGGAAAAGAGGUUGAAAAUGAGGGUAUACAGCAAUUCUAUCGUAAGUAAAAUUUAGUGCCUAAUAAGCCCUCAGAGUGGUUGAUCGCAAGUCCCUGUAAUAAAUGAAAUGGACGGUGUCACAUGAUCCAAAUUUGAAAACCAGACGCUAAAGCAGAUACAUGUUAAAAUAAAUUCAGAAGUUCAUUGCAUGUUUCCUGACAAUGGGUCCAGUACGAUAACGCAGAUACACAAGAUUUAUACCGAUCUUUGAACUUUGUUUGCUUAUUGCAAUUAUUCUCUUUUAAUUGAUGUCCACUUUUUAAUUCUUUUUUGUUUACUGGUGCAGUUAUACUUUGAUAAGAUUACAGAACUGACUACAAACAGAUCUGAUUCUGUCCUUUUCAAAGAAGCUUUAUCAAGCUUGGCUACUGAUUCAGGACUUCAUCCAUUAGUCCCUUAUUUUUCGUAUUUUAUUGCUGAAGAGGUCAGUUAUUCUUUAGUUAAAUGUCUCUUGUAUCAAUUAUGACUUACCAAACGAGUGGUUAAUUGCAAAUCUGUUGAAUGCAGGUUACUCGAAACCUGAAUGAUCUCUCUCUUCUAGUUGCUCUUAUGCGUGUUGUACAGAGCCUUCUUCGGAAUCCUCACAUACAUAUUGAGCCUUAUGUAAGUUUCAAAAAGUUGUGGCACAUAUAUUAUUUUUUAUGGAAAAAAUCAGUGAGCAUUAUCAUGGCAAGUAAACAGACAGAAAAACAUGUGAAAAAUCAUCCGAUUCAUAUAAUUGACUUUUUGUGUUCGAGUGAAAGUUUCAUCUAAAGGUAGAACUUGAUAGAUGUUUCAACUAUGCCAAUUUUUCUUGAUAGGGUUUGUGCUUGCUCUAGUAUGCGUAGACAUGCCUUUUGUGUCUUCAGGGAUAUUCUAUAAAUUUAUUCCGCCUCCAGCUCUCAUGAGAAAACUGCAUUCUAUCAAUAAAAAUGAAUGAGAAUCGCUUUGACACUUUAUUGACUACGUAAAACAAGAUACCAAAGGGAUUCUUGAUAGCUUUUAUUAGUUAAAUUUGCAGAUCAAAUUGGCGUUAUCCUGAACCAAGGAUAUUUUAGAAAAGAAGUGGAAGAAGGAAAGAAAGUUACCUGACAAGGAAAAAAAGAAUAUGUGGAACCAAAAUUUAUGUUCCUUUAAUAAUGGAAAUGCAAUGUUUGCAAUGCAGUAUUUUGGUUAGGAUUGGAAGUCUAAAACAUGGUCCUUCUUAUACUGAAUAUUUUUUCUAACUCACAACCAACAAGGCAACUGGAUGGCGGUGUAAGUUGCUUCUCAUGUUAACAAGAAUCAGGCUUGAUCUAUUGCAGAAUGCCCCGUACGUACCAUUUUCUGCUCUUACGGGGAUGUGGAAAGUUUCCCACUCUUGCCACUGCUGCAUUUUCCGUCAGUGAAGUCUGAUGAUGUUGCUUUGUCACCAUUGGUGGGUAAUGUGGGAGCAGAUGUGGGGAAAGGAGAAAAGAUUACCAUCUGCCUCAGACAAAGGUGUGCGUGGCCUCCAUGCUCUGCCAGUUUUAAUCUGUAUGGCUUCUUCAGAUCAGAAUCAUCCCUUGCCAAUCUUGUUUUGAGGAAACCAAAUCUCCACUCUCUCUCACACGGGUACACAGAGAUAUAGAUAUUAUUCUGUAUCGCAUUGGUAUGCAAAAAGUCGGAUCUUGCUGACUCGAUUGCAUCUCAUACUGACUCUGGUGCUACUGAUGCAAAUCUGUGCAUAAUAAUUUGCAAGAAACAAAAUUUCUCUAAAACAAUAUAACCAGAAACUUGUGAAGUCCUAAUAUGUGUUGAGAAUGAGAAUCAUGAUAAAUCUGUCAGGAUUUUGGAGUUCUGACUCGGAAACUCGAACUUGUGUGUUAGCACAUAAUUGGCUGAUCUGAUUCUGUGGACCAUCAUGGGAAAGGAAUCUAUGUUGAGUUUUGUGGUUCGAAAUUCCUGUUUAACAUAUCUAAAAAUUGAUGUCUUUGGGCUGAGUUUAUCGAUCGUGGUCAAUACCCGUAACUUCAAUGGGCUUUGGGCUUUGUUUUAUACAUUAUCGCGUGUCUAUUACGCCCGUUGUAUUGUUCCUGGCUCUCCCUAUAUUUAACUGCCUCUGUAACUUGGAUGAGGUUUUGGGUCAACUCUUUCUGGUCCGACCUAAAUCUUUGCACAUUAUCACAAGUCUAUAUAACGAUUUCUCUUGCCUGCCUGUUUCCUCCCUAUAUCUAAUUCCGCGCAUAUCAGUGUAGAUCCUCUAACUGGACAGAGUCGAGCUGUUCACCAUUACUGAAUAUGAUAUCCUUGUGAGGAUAAAUCAAUAAUAUGCAUUUUUUAGAUUUUACAUUUAUUGAACAUUCUUAAUAUUUAAGUAAUCUAGUGGUGAAAGCUGGUCACUGAUUCCGAUUCUUGUUUUAUCCUCUCGAGACCUGUCACAUCUACUACCACUUGCAAUAGAUUUGAUGGAUUCUUGAAAACUUCCAUUUGGCAAAAUUUAUAUGCAAGAUACUAUAGCUAUCUAAAGAUUUUUCCUCUGUCGAUGUUCUGUAAAGAUUUUUCAUCUAUUGUUGCUUCUCUGGAUUUUGUUUUGCUUACCUAACUGCAAACUUUAGUCGUAGGAUUGCUAGUCUUCUAAUGAUAUGGAAGCCCAUGCGCUUUUUUCUUUUCGUCUUCAUUUUAUAUUGCCUUAUGUCUGUCAAUUUUAUUUUAUUUUUUCAGCUGCAUCAGCUGAUGCCAUCUAUAAUUACGUGCCUUGUGGCCAAGAGAUUGGGACACAGACUUGCUGAUGACCACUGGGAGCUCAGGGACUUCUCUGCAACUCUAGUUGCUUCAAUAUGCAGAAGGUGAGAUUCCUCGGUAUAUCCUCUCUUUUGGAUUCGGCCUCAAAUGUUGCAAGUCAAAGGCAGUUGACCCACCUUUCAGCAACAGUCAAACGCCAUGUGAUGCUCUUUAAUGAGAUAGUAUGCUUAAGUAGAAUCUUGGUAAUGCUCAACUUCUUUUGAAGGAAAUUAGCCUCCUUUAAAAUCAUGCCCUCCUCAUCUUUUAUCAACUCCAAUUUCCCGAAUUUAUGGUAUCCUGGUGGGAGCAGUAGAUUGCCCGUGUUGUGUUCUGUCUUCCAUGUAUUGGGUUUUGAAGGCCUACAACAAAUCAAACCCUGGCUAUUUAGCAGGUUUUAAAAAAAAAUUAAAUUGUGGCCCAUAUAAGGGGAAUAAAAAAGCUUCCUCUUUUGGAAAUAUUUGAUUCAUGGUUAGUCUUCCUUUUGGUGUUUUUGCACAGCUAUCGAGAUAAAUUAAUUUAUUCCACCUGUAGAAAUGUGCUAUGAAAAUAAUAAAAGAAAUUUCGGCAUCAACAUGCCGUUCGUUCUCUCAAAAUCUCAUGGUACCUUUUCUUUAUAUAUUUUUGAUCAUAUAAGUUUCCUCUGUGGGUGUCAAAGAUUCUCCACAAUGGUCACAGAUAUCUUCGUUUCUAGUCCAGAUUCUUACCGUGUUUUAUUCAUCCACAGGUUUGGGCACGUAUACCACAAUCUCCAGACACGUGUGACCAAGACUCUGCUGAAUGCGUUCCUGGACCCCACCAAGGCGAUGACCCAGCACUACGGAGCCAUUCAAGGGCUUUCUGCCCUCGGAGCCAAUGUGGUAAUCUCCUCUCUCCUCCUCCCUCCCUCCACUCAGUAAUUCUCCUUCUGGUAAACCAUCCAGCCUCAUGGAGGAAAGCAGCCUCAUCCUUGUCUCCGUUGCAGGUGAGGCUUCUAAUCCUCCCAAACCUCGAGCCUUACUUGAAGCUCCUUGAGCCAGAGAUGCUGCUCGAGAAGCAGAAGAAUGAGGUCAAGAGGAACGAGGCUUGGCGGGUCUACGGCGCCCUAAUGGUACGAUUAAUAUUUCUUUACAUUUUUAUUUUUUUGUCUUCGGAAGCAUCUGGGGGGAGAAUUACUAUGCUUUUAUAAGGGAGAAUUUGAGAUUUUCCUGCAUAAACUGAUGAUGCUUGGUGUGUCUACAGUGCCCCCCCCUAAUGCUCUAAGUAAUAUUUUUAUAUAUUUAUUUUUUGUCUUCGGAAGCAUCUGGGGAAGAAUUAUUAUGCUUUUCUAAAGGAGAAGUUGAGAGUUUCCUGCACGAACUGAUGGUGCUUGGACGGAUUGCGCAGUGUGCUGCAGGUAACUGUGUGUACGAGAGGCUCAAGAUGCUUCCAGGUUUGCUCUCCAGGCCGAAUCGCCAGAUCUGGAGGGCCAACUCAGGGCUUGAUCUUACCAUCUCAAGUGAGUGGGAUCUGAGAUCUCUCUCUCUUUGUCUCUGUCUCUGUCUCUCUGUGUGCUUAUUUAUUUAUUCUAAUCAUAUGAUCAAUCAAUUAUCACAUCGAUCAUCCCAAGAGCAUCAUGAUGCCAUGCUUGUGAUCGACCAACAGUUUUAUUCUAAUCACUACUGCUAGCCGUUGAUGUUAUUUCUCCAAUGCCGGAACUUGUUCAGUGCCUGGUAUCCCUCUGUUUUAGAGUAAGAAAACAGGAGAUAUAUAUAUAUAUAUAUAUAUAUAUAUAUAUAUAUAUAUAUAUAUUUCUUACUGAAUCAUGUCAUCAAUAAUAUAUGACGAAAAAAUCUUAUUGUCAUAAUCUUUUUUCUGUAUAACCUCUCACAGACAAGUGAUGGAAUGAUUCUCUGGGAGCUGACUAAAUGUUUUCGCUUCUCCUGUCUGUGUUCGAUCCCAGACAAGCGCAAGCCAUCAAACUCAGACCUCUUGGGGCAUCAGCCGCCCCUGAAGAAACUCGCCACCGCCGCCCCCGCCGCCGUGUCCAUCCCCACAAAGAAAGACAUCUCCGCGGCGGUGCAGGCUGGCGGCGCCGCCACCAUCUCUGGGCAGCUGCCGAGCAGAAGGGAGUGGCCCACCGGAGGAGAUGGGUCGAGGGCCCUCACUGUGGCAUGGAAGGAGGAGGUGGACGCUGGCGAUCUGCUGUGCUCCCUCUUCGAGCUCUUCGGAGAGGGGAUCCUCUCCUUCAUCCAGCCCCCUGAGCUCUCCCUCUUCCUCUGA